AUGUCUACAACAAGUGAAAGUAAUUAUGUAUGCUUGGAAGGUGAUGAAGAUCCUAUUCUACUCUCUCUUAGCCCUCCUGGCCAAUUAACCCAACACCACCACAAUAAUAAUGUAUCCAAAUAUUCAAACUACGAUCCUCACCGUCACAUUUCGAAUAUCUCAUUACCUAACAAAGAUCUUAACCUUAAUCUUAAUCUCAGUACAUUAAGUACUAAUGAUAAUGUUAAGGAAGGUGUGACCGUGGCACUUCACAUCGGUCAACAACCACCAAUUAGUACUAUUAGCUUUUCAUCCACUAAUUACCAGCUGCUUAACAAUAAUAUGAGCAUUUAUAAUAAUGCACCUGAUAAUUAUCAUCAUCAUUUACAAUAUUGGAUCCCAACAGCAGCACAAAUCAUGGUUGGUCCUACACAGUUUUCUUGCACUGUUUGCAACAAAACAUUCAACCGAUACAACAACAUGCAGAUGCAUAUGUGGGGGCAUGGAUCACAAUAUAGAAAAGGUCCAGAAUCCUUAAGAGGCACAAAGCCAGCAUCAUCAAUGUUAAGAUUACCAUGUUAUUGUUGUGCGGAGGGUUGCAAGAACAACAUUGACCACCCGCGAUCAAAGCCACUUAAAGAUUUCAGGACGCUUCAAACGCACUACAAAAGAAAGCACGGCGAGAAGCCUUUUGGGUGUCGAAAAUGUGGGAAGCCCUUUGCAGUAAGAGGGGAUUGGAGGACUCAUGAAAAGAAUUGUGGGAAAUUAUGGUAUUGUGUUUGUGGGUCGGAUUUUAAGCAUAAAAGGUCUCUUAAAGAUCAUGUUCUUGCCUUUGGAAAUGGUCAUGCGCCUCAUUACACAUCCGAAGAUUUGAUCGAAAUGCAGGAUGAUCAUGAUGAAGAGGAAAUUAAUAAUCUUGAUGAAGAAGACAAUAAGAGUAGUAAUGGAGGUAGCUUUUUAAUGAUUUGA